AUGAUCAUAGAUACCAAGCUUCACAACACCAAAUCAAUUCAUCAUUUCUCCAACCGUGGUUUGGGUCUAUUAAGAUCUCAUAACAAAUCAUCAGAGGAGAAUUCGUGCAGAGAGAUGGGAACGGGGGCAUCGAAGGACGAGGAGGAAGGGAGCAAGGAAGAGAGUGACAGGCUCGACCAAGCGGGUGGCCAACUCUACGUGUCUCUGAAGAUGGAGAAUCGCAAGCUCACUGGGGACCUUGUUCCUCACGUUUAUGGCUCUCUGCCUCUCGUCGGCUCCUGGGAUCCUUCCAAAGCUGUAAUUUUUGUCCCUUCCCUUUUCUUCAUUCCCCUCAUUUUCCUCUGGGUAUGUCUUCUUUUUCCUUGUUUCUCAUUCCGUUUCGCUUUUCGUGCUAGCUUUUCAUGGAACGGGAAUCGGUAUCAAUGUGGGAACUUAGCUUUGUUGUCCCUCCUAAUCACGGACAGCAAUGCACCUUGUUUUGUUGAGGAGGGUCCAAGCCGCCUGCUUGUUGGGGGAGCACUGCAAGAGGAUGCCAGGGUUGCAUUGUUUAGGCUUGAUAGCGGUGAGGUUCUUGAGUAUCAAGUGUUUGUUAAAGCAGAUAGGGUUUCUCCCUUUGACCUUGCCGCUAGUUGGAGGGCUUAUCAGGAUAAUUUCCGUCCUUCAUCAGUGAGAUGGAUUCCUGAUGUCAGCAUAAAUUCAGCACCUCAGAUUGGUGGUGAGAAUGGUUCUUCUGUGGGUUUGGAGCUUGAUCUUGAGCAUUAUGUUGUCCCAACUCCAGCAACUUCUGCAAAUACAGCCCAUGUAUAUGCAGCCAACUUGACAGAGAAUCCAAGGUCACUAGUUAGUGGGUCUGGCAGCAGUUCAUAUCCCAUCAAGGAGAUGGAGGUUAUUGUGCCUGAUCCAUCUAAGAUGUUUCAAAGUUCUGGAAUGGUUGAAUCCAAGUCAGUUGGAACAUUUUCACCUCUGCAAAGGCAAGAGAGUCAGAGGGGACUUUUUGUUGAUAGAGGUGUUGGAUCUCCUAGACUUGUAAAAUCUUCUAGUUCAAAUAUUUUCUCGACUGAUCUCAAUUUGGAUAAUGAUACCAAGAAUUCUAUGCCAGCUGCCGCUGGAGCUGUUGCUGCUGCAGCUGUUGCUGAUCAGAUGAUGGGUCCCAAGGAAGAUAGACAUUUGGCAAUUAUCCUGGUGGGUCUGCCAGCCCGAGGUAAAACUUUCACGGCUGCUAAACUUACAAGAUAUCUUCGUUGGUUAGGUCAUAAUACCAAACACUUCAAUAUUGGGAAGUAUCGUCGCCUUAAGCAUGGGGCUAAUCAGUCUGCUGAUUUCUUUCGAGCUGACAAUCCUGAAGGCGUGGAGGCACGCAAUGAGGUAGCAGCACUGGCAUUUGAAGAUAUGAUCUCUUGGAUGCAAGAAGGUGGCCAGGUUGGGAUAUUUGAUGCCACAAACAGUAGCAAGGAACGCAGAAAUAUGCUGAUGAAAUUGGCUGAAGGAAGAUGCAAGAUAAUCUUCCUUGAAACAAUAUGCAAUGAUGUAAAUAUAAUUGAAAGGAACGUUCGUCUGAAAAUUCAGCAAAGUCCUGAUUAUGCAGAAGAGCCAGAUUUUGAGGCUGGAUUACAAGACUUUAAAAAUCGUCUGGUCAAUUAUGAGAAGGCUUAUGAAACAGUAAAUGAAGGAUCUUACAUAAAAAUGAUUGAUAUGGUCAGCGGACAUGGUGGACAAAUACAAGUAAAUACACAUCUUACACCACGCCCAAUAUUACUUACUCGACAUGGGGAAAGUCAGGAUAAUGUGAGAGGGCGAAUUGGUGGAGAUACUGCAAUAAGUGAGGCUGGAGAACUUUAUUCGAAGAAACUUGCCAAGUUUAUUGGAAAGCGUCUCAAAUCAGAACGGGCUGCUUCUAUAUGGACUAGUACCCUACAACGAACAAUUUUGACGGCCAGUCCAAUAGUCGGGUUUCCCAAGAUACAAUGGCGUGCACUUGAUGAGAUAAAUGCAGGGGUGUGUGAUGGUAUGACAUACGCAGAAAUAAAGAAAAACAUGCCAGGGGAAUAUGAGUCCCGCAAGAAGGACAAGCUUAGGUAUCGUUAUCCUCGUGGCGAGUCUUACUUGGACGUUAUUCAAAGGUUAGAACCUGUAAUUAUAGAACUUGAACGACAACGAGCACCCGUUGUUGUGAUAUCUCACCAGGCAGUUUUGAGGGCACUAUAUGCAUAUUUUGCUGACAGGCCUUUGAAUGAAAUUCCGCAUAUUGAGGUUCCUCUUCACACGAUAAUUGAGAUACAAAUGGGAGUCACGGGUGUCCAAGAGAAAAGAUAUAAAUUAAUGGACUGA